AUGGAAUUGAAUGAAGAGGAGGUUGGUGACCAUGAAAUAGAGGUGUUGGAUUUGGAUCUGGAAGUUGCUGAGGAGGUUGGUGUGAUGGACACCCCAGUGGUUGAUGUGUUAGGGUCUGGGGGUGUGUUUGAGGAUGGUAAUGAUGGUAAUGCAGCAACAACACCGCUUCGGUGUGUUGUUGAGAGUGAUGAAGGGGCUUAUAAAGAUUUGCUUGACCAUCCUCAAGUUGGUAUGGUUUUUAGUAGUUGGGAGGAUGCCGAUAAGUUUUAUAGGAAAUAUGGAAAACAAAGGGGAUUUGGAGUAUACCGAGCUGCUGGGAAUUUCAAGAUAGAGAAUGGGAAAACAGACAAGAGUAAGAGGAGGAGCUACAUUUGGCAUUGUGAAUGCGCUGGUAAGGCAGACUUGCGUAGAAGAGUAAACGAGAAAAGGGUAUAUGGUGGUGGGUUAUCUUUGGAUCUAAAUAGGAGGAAGACUAAGAAGUGUGGCUGUCCUGUGGAAAUGAGGGCUGUUUGUAAACCUGAUGGUUGUUGGGAAGUGAGGAAGGCAAUCACAGCACAUGUAAAUCACAAUCCAACUCCCAGAAAGUCUCGAUAUAUUUCUAUGUAUCGGCAGGAAGAAAUUAUAAAUGCGGUUAGGAGGAGGUUGUUCAAUGAUUGUAGUGCUGGUACUCAGGUUACACAAGUCCAUCGUAGUUUAGCAAAGGAGCGAGGUGGGGUAGAGAACAUGGCCCUUACGGAGAGGGACUUGAGGAAUGUACUGGCUCGUGAGAAGAAGUUGCAGAUGAUGAGGGGGUAUGCUAAUGCCAUGCUUGCCUAUUUUGACAAGAUGUGUUCUGUUUCCAAUGAGAACACAGAAACUUUUGAGUGGUUGUUUAGCAAUUGGCUUGAUUGCAUGGGUGGAAAACAACCUGUAGGGUUCUUGACAGAUCAAUGUGCUGCAAUGAGGAAAGCUCUUAGUAAUGUGAUGCCCAAUGCCAGACAUAGGUGGUGUUUGUGGCAUAUUGUGAAUAAGUUUGGUACGAAUCUUGGAAGCUAUGCUAACAACCAGGAAUUUCAUGAUGAUUUACUAAAUGUUAUUUAUGACAGUUUAAAUGAAGAUGAGUUUGAGCUGAAUUGGACAUUAGCAAUGGAGUCUUAUGGACUUGUAAUGGAUGAGUGGCUCUUAGUCCUUGAUAUCAGUGUUGAUGUGCAUCCUCAAAUCAGUGUUGAAAUCAGUGGUCUGUAUGAGGAGAGGCAUAUGUGGAUCCCUGCGUACAUGAAACACCUUAUUUGGGCAGGGAUGAAGACCACGCAACGUUCAGAGAGCAUUUAUAGUUUUUUUGACAAGUACGUGAAGAGGGAUACUCGUUUGUACCAGUUUGUGGAAAGGUACUGUGAUGCCAUGGAAAACAGGGCAAACGCCAAGAAAGAAGCCAAUGCAAACAGCGCAAUGAGAACGAGGCAUGCUAUAACUAGUUUUGCAUAUGAGAAAGCCUUCCAGAAUGUCUAUACGGAUGCAAAGUUCGUUGAGAUACAGGAACAAUGCACAAGGCUUAUGUAUUUGAGUGUUGUUGGGAAAAUGGAGGUGUCUGACAGUGUUGUGGAGCAUUUGGUACAAGAUAGGGUCUGGUUCUUUGAUAAGGUGUUGAGAAAGGAGAUUCCUAUGGAUAGGAAGAUAGUGUACUCUGUAACUUUCAACUCCGAAACCAAUGAUGCAUUUUGUGAGUGCAAGCUUUUUGAAUGUCAUGGAAUCAUGUGUAGUCAUCAGUUUAAGGUGUUUGAUGAUAAUGGGGUAAAAGAAGCCUUCAAAAUAUAUAUUGAGGUGGUGGCGUAA